AUGUUCUCCUUCCGAACUCAAGGCUACAACGGCUACAAUCUCAAAUACUCCCCUUUCCACGACUCCCGCCUUGCCGUUGCUUCAUCCGCGAACUUCGGACUUGUAGGCAAUGGGCGUCUCUUUGUCCUUGGUUUAACCGCAAACGGCAUCGUUGCCGAAAAGACAUUCGAUACUCAGGACGGUCUGUUCGAUCUAGCAUGGAGCGAGGUUCACGAAAACCAACUUGUUGUCGCAUCGGGUGAUGGAAGCUUGAAGCUAUUCGAUGUUGGGUUAAAUGAAUUCCCGAUACAAUCGUGGCAGGAGCAUAAGCGGGAGGUAUUCUCCGUGCAUUGGAAUUUGGUUGAUAAGACUACUUUCGCGAGUAGUUCGUGGGAUGGGACUGUCAAAAUUUGGUCUCCGACGUCGCCGACAUCGCUGAGUACUCUCCCAACAAAUAGCUGUACAUACUCCACCGCCUGGUCACCACAUUCUGCCACGCUAUUAUCAGCCGUUUCCUCCGACUCCCAUCUACGAGUGUUCGACACCCGUCUACCGCCGCCACAUGUUGUGCAUCAAAUAGCCGUACAUGCCCCUCCACCUGGUGGAUACCCAGUUGAACUUAUCGCGACAAUGGGACCGGGUAUGGGGAAUCCACGAAUCGAUCAGCCGUCUGAAAUCCUCACACACGAUUGGAACAAAUAUCGGCCGGGAAUUAUUGCCACAGCUGGUGUAGAUAAAUUGAUCAGAACAUGGGAUUUAAGAAAUCCCAGGGCACCGCUGAGUAUUCUUAGCGGACAUAACUACGCCGUUCGACGGAUUGCAUACUCACCCCACCUUCCCGACACCCUCCUCUCAGCCUCCUACGACAUGACAUGUCGAGUCUGGAACGACGGUUACAACCAGAGCGCCCACCCACCACAGCCACCAGCCUCGCCACCAUCACUUCCCACAGACGGGCAGACAAGCCUAGGACAAUGUUUAGGAGUCAUGGACCGACACUCUGAGUUUGUGGUUGGUAUCGAUUGGUGCAUGUUUGGUGCUGAAGGGUGGGCUGGAAGUGUUGGUUGGGAUGAGAUGAUAUGGGUAUGGGAUGCCAGGGCUGUUAUGCAGUAG